AUGGAACCAACAUUAUGUUUUCGUUUAUGUCAAACACCAAUCAUUUAUAUAAAAGAUAAUAUAUGUCGAUGUUCAGGUGGUGGUCUUAUGAAUUAUAAUCGAAAAAGCGAUAAACAUUGUUCAAUACCAUGUAUAAAAUUAGGUAAUCGUCAUGUUAGAACUACUAAUACAUGUGGUGGUUCAGAUACAUAUUCAGCUUAUGCUGAAAAUCAAUUUUAUGUUCGAUAUGCUCAUUUAUUUGACUAUCGAAUUCAAUAUGCAUCAUGUCAAUUAUGGAAUGCUUCUGAAUAUUAUGAUACAUUGAAAGUUGAAAUUGAUGAAUCAUCCGUUAAACCAUCCUUGAAUAAAUUGGAACGAUGUGCAGCUGCAUGUUUUGAUCAAAAUGCGACGACAACAUCCAUAGGUUUCAAUGAUGAUAGCAAUCAAUGUUUAUGUUUGUUGUCACGAAACUUAUAUACAGAUAACCAUGCACGUUAUUUAACAAUUUUACCAGAUAAUAGUUGUAAUCGUUAUUGUGAUAAUACCUUGGGUGAUGCAAACAUUGAAUAUAAAUUUAAAUGUGGUUCAUUAACAGAUCGACGUAUAUGGGCUAUAUAUAAUUUACGUGAUUUAUGUUCGCCUGGUUUUGUUUAUAUAAAAGAAUUAAAACAAUGUGUAUUUACGUAUGAAGAAAUUUGGAAUUUUUGUCCAUUAUCAUCAACAACAUAUAUUUAUGAUGGAAAUAUAACAUGGAAUAUGUUUCUAAAAGUUAUUGAAAAAUUAAAGUUAACCGAAUCUUUUGUUUCAAUUGAUUUUGAUGAUAAUAUUACUAUUGAUCCUUCAUGGAAAUGUUCAAUAACAACAACAACAAACAUCGAUAAAAUAAAUUCAAAUAUUUCCAAUAGAAAUUAUGUAUUACAUAAUGGUUGUUUACGUGUACAUUCAAAUUCAUUGAAUUUAGAUAAUUUAUCUUACCGUUUAUGUAUAAAAAAUCCAUUAAAUCAAGAAAUAUCGAUAUUGGAUGAUAUAUAUUAUCGAAUUUAUAUGAUUUCUAUCGAUCGAACAAAAAGUUCAUGUCCAAUAAAUUGGUUUGAUUUGAAUGGACAUUGUUAUCGGAUAUCGGAUGAAGCUAAAACAAUUCAACAAGCAAAAAAUAGUUGUAUUAAUGUAUCGAUAGCUGAAGAAAAUAAAUAUCAUCAAGAGACCAUACCAGAUGAUGAUAUGAAGAAGCAAAUACUCAAUGUAACGAAGGAUUCUAAUAGAAAUUUUCUGCAAGGUGAAAUCACUCAAUAUACAUCACAAUGGCAAGCACGUCUCGGUUUUUUUCUUCUUGAUACAGAUAUAUCAAAUACUGAAUUAAUAAAUCAAUCGUUGUAUGAUUAUAAUAAAAAAUUAUUACCAGUAGUAUCAAAUUUUAAUAUUAAUCAUUCAUUUAUAAAUGAAUUUCAAAUGAUUAAUCCAAAUAGAAAUGAUGAUUCAUGUAUACUUUUCACACGUUCAGCAAUUAAAGAAAAAGAAAAUUCAAUUUUAAAAAAUAUUCAAAUCAAUAAUUGUUCAAAAUCAAAACAUGUUUUAUGUAAAAUAGAAAUGAAACAUUAUUUCAAUUCUGAAUACAGUUGUUAUCGUAAACCAUUAACACUUGGUUUACCAACAAUCAUGUCAAAACAAUUAACAUAUGAAUUAUGUUUAUCUGUUUGUACAGAAUUCGAAACAAACUUAGCUGUUAUAAAUAUCGAUAAAUGUUAUUGUUUAAAUGCUGCUGAAUCAUGGAGAUUUGAUGUCAAACGAAAUUCACUAUACCAAAAACAGAAUUGUGGUGAUCGAUGUCCUGGUAAUCCGCAUGAACACUGUGGUGAUAAUGAUACAAUCGUUGCGAUACCUAACCAUCAAAAUAUAUUUCUAACAAAAAAUAGCAAUACUUAUAAAUUAUCUAAAUCAACUCCUGAUUUCGUUUAUGAUGGUUGUAUAAAUUUAAUUUCUAUGAAUCAAUCAAUAAUGUAUCACUUCAAUUUAAAUCAUACAAGUGAUAUUCAUCCACGUCAUUGUUUAGAAUUAUGUACAAAUUAUAAACAAAAAUUUGCUCUUCUUAAUUCAAACAAGUGUUUAUGUACAAAUAUUCGAAUGAAAAAUAAUAACUCUGAAAUUUCUACACUUUCAAAUUUUGAUUGUACUCAAGAAUGUGCAGCUAAUUAUUUUUAUACAUGUGGGAAUUCAACCAAUUCAUCAUUAUAUUCAGUGUACGCAAUGCAACUAACAUGUCCUCUUGGUUUUCAAGUUAGUGAAGAUGAACAACGAUGUCUUUAUAGUGAUUAUUUACCAAAGAAAAGUUCUUUAUCAACUGCACAAUCUUAUUGUAAAUCUAUUGGAGGUAUACUGUUAAAAAUAAAUGAUAUUUUAGAAAUUCAAGAUAUAGUACCCAAAUCGAUGUUAACCAAAGGUUUUUAUGGAGAAUAUCAAGUUUCUUCUGUUUCACAUAUUUUUAAUAAUACUAUAUAUUUUUGGAUUGAUCAUACAUCUGAUAUUAUGAAUAGUGAUAUCAAAUUCUAUCGUUCGAUUCCAAGAUGUUUUGAAACACCGAAAAUAAUUGAUCAAAAUUGUAUUGUUGUUCGUCGUCAAAAUAUUUCAUUUUUUGAUAUAAUGACUUAUGAACGAUGUUUUACUGAAUCAAAUAAAUGUUCAUCAAUGUCUGCUAUACCAAUUUGUGUAAAUCAACAUCUAGAAUUCAAUUCAACUGUCAUUCCUUCAACUACCAAUGACGAUUUAUCAAUAAUAUCAGUAAAUACAACAAUAGAUUAUUCAUGUGACGAUGGUACCGAUUAUCAUUUAAUGGAUCAAUAUUGUUAUAAAAUAUCAUUUCAUGAAACAACUUGGCAAGAUGCAAAAUCUGAAUGUGAACGUGAGAAUGCUACAUUAUUUUUACCUGAAAAAUUGAUGACAUUAAACUUGAUAAAAUUCUUAUUUUUACGUCGACGUAGUUAUACAUCAUCUAGUUUUGCACAUAUUGGUAAUAUUUAUGAUAAUCAAACUCAUACCAUUAUGCAAACUAAUAUAACCAAUAAUAAUACUUUAAGAUUUCUACCAAAUUUAAGACGUAUUCAUACUUCAUGUGCUAUGACAUUCAAUGAACGUUACACAGAAUUAAUGUCAACGAAAGAAAAAGAACGAUUAAAAUCGCAACAAACUGGUUGUGCAUAUGUUGAUCUUCGAUCUAACUAUGGACUAUCGAUUUCAUGUGAUGAAAUACCUUGUAAUAGACUAGCAACUGUAAUAUGUCAAAGAGCACCGGUUCAAAUAACGCAUGCUGUUCUAGCUCAACGAUUAGUUUUUUAA